AUGGCAUCCGAAGCACGUCUCUAUACCUUCUCGCCCGAAACCAAGACCGCAUUGCGCAAGUUCCGUCUAGGAACCUCGAGGGCAAAGGACCCGCAAGCCGUAAUCUACCAAAUCGACAAAAAGACACUAGAAAUCUCCAAGGCAGACGAUGAAGUCUACACCGACCUGAGCAUACUGGGCGAGGAGCUGCCCGACCACUCGCCCAGGUUCAUCUUGCUAAGCUACCCCUUGACAAUGGCAUCCGGUCGUCUAUCUGUUCCCUACGUCAUGCUAUACUACCUGCCCGUCACCUGCAACAGCGAGCUCAAGAUGCUCUACGCAGGAGCAAAAGAGUUGAUGCGCAACCAAGCAGAAGUUGGUCGCAUCAUCGAGAUCGAUAGCGCCGAAGACCUAGAAGAGAUCGAAGACCAGCUGAGAGGAGAGGAGUAG